UUUGAGGUUGCUUACAAUUAAUAAAAUGCAUGUUUAUUAUAGAUUUUUAAAUUAUAUAUUUACAAGUGUCUCAAAAAAUGUGUUUAAAUAAAUUACUUUACAGUGUUUUGUAUUAAAUUUUAUCAAUGAAAUUUUUUUAUUGUAAAUUACAAUUCAGAAAGAAAUUAAUGUUUAAAAGUUUAUUGCACAAUUAAUUCAGGUAUAUAUAACCGUAACCCUUGGGGAAAAUUGUUUAAAAAAAAAAUAAUAUAUAAUUUUUGAUGUUGAAAAUAAUCAUAUUGAGAUUUUACGAAUGUUGACAUUGUUUAAAUAAUAGUGUUCUGUCAAUUUUACAAAGAUAACAAAAGAUGUUAAAUAUGAUCAAAUGCGUUUUAUAACGAAUAAUUAAAUAUAUUUUUGACACUGUGAUUUUAGCCGACAUUUCUUCUAUUCAGUAUUAUAUAUUAAUCAGUAUCAAUUCAAUAAUUUAGAUUUACAAAAAUUCUUUUUUGAUAUAUGACUUUAUUUAAAAAUUAAAUUAAAUAGUUGACAAGUUUCUGUUUUGCUCAUUAUCUUUGUUGACUUAUUGCCCUUAAAAAAAAAUUAAAUAAAUGUUAAAUAUUUCUGAGAGAAAUAAUGGACGUGUGGUGGUUUUCUCGAGUAAUUACACAUCAUCCUUAUGCUAUUUUAAUAGCUGUUUUUGUAUUUUCCUCAACUUGUUUAAUCGUUCCUUUUGCAACAAAAAAAUUUCCUGAUUUCUCUGACCCACAAUUGGGUUUUGAAGCUAGAGGUACAAUACUUGCUCAAAGAUUAACAGCAUGGGGAAAUUUAAUGGAUGCGACUCAUCCACGAGGAGAACUUGUCGACAAUCCUUUAGAGUAUUAUUAUUAUUUACAAUAUCACAAUCAGCCGAAUGAAACAAGUUCUCAGAGUCGUCCAGCGAAGAAUUCGCGAAGAAAAAAAGGAAAGAAAAAUAAACAAAAGGGGAAAAAUAAUGUAAAGCUCAAAAAUGAAACAAGGGAUGAUAGCAUCAGUGAAAGUAAAGAUAAAUGGGAGGAGCUUCGUGAAUUGGGAAGUAAGGAUCAUUUAGACAGUAUAGAAGAACAUGGAAAUCAUUUAGAGAACGAUGGAUUCUUUUGCAAUCUUCCCAGUUCAGCUUAUUCCCGUGUAGUUUUAAGUUCAGAAAGUGAUGACAAGAGUUUAUGGUCCAUGGAGGGUGUUUUAGCUCAAUGUCACAUCGACGAUGCACUUCGUUCAAAUUCCGAAUUUCAAUCUCUCUGCCAAACACAAACAGAAAAUGGUCCUGGAUCAUCGAAAUGUUGUCGAAGUUGGUCACCUGCCAAUUUUGUAGCUCUUCUUUCAAAUCGAAGUUCUUGCCUUGGUGUCACUGAAAAUGAUUUGGUACGAGUGGAAAAUCUUCUUCAGAGAUGUGCCUACUUUUAUCAGAAUUUACAAUUGACACCCGAUUGUUCUGAAAAUUUAGAUUGUCAAAAACGCGUUCCCGUUGAAUGUUAUGCUCAUAAUGCUCCUUAUCAUCUUCUUCAUUAUCUUCUCGACGUUGAUUUCAUUCAAUUUAAUAAACAAGGUCCAGCGAGUAAAUUAAAUACAACUCUUCGUUCUGCAAUGUUAUUUCUACCGAUUGCCGCAAGUUCAGCGACUUUGAAUUUUUAUAAAAAUCUCAAUUUUGCCGGAUUGUCUUAUGGAAAAUUUCGUGUGGUCGCAAUUGAUCUUGGACUGAAAAGCACACUUUUUGAUCGUCUUCUCGUGUCUGAUUCAUCUCUUUUAUUAUCUGGUUUUGCUUUUAUUACAGUUUGCAUUUGGGUUUAUACGACUUCUAUUUUUCUCACAAUUACAACUAUACUUGCUGUUUUAUUCAGCCUUGGAAUUUCUUAUGCAAUAUACACUCUUGUUUUGAGGAUCACUUUCUUUCCUUUUAUGAAUUUAUUGGCGGUCGUUGUUGCUGUUGGUAUCGGAGCCGAUGAUGCAUUUAUUUAUUGCAAAAUUUGGGAAUGUAAUAAACAACAAAAAUUGACAAACGGUGGAAUGGAGAGAUUGGUCCAGGAAACUAUGACUCACGCUCUUCCAUCAAUGUUCACCACAUGUUUAACGACUGCUGUUGCUUUUUUCGCUUCAAUUGUCAGUAAUGUUACAGCUAUAAAUUGUUUCAGUUUAUUUUCAGGAAUGACAGUAGUGGCCAACUUUUUUCUAAUGGUCACAUGGUUGCCAGCUAGUGUUGUAAUAGCGGAAAAAUGUCGUCUUUCAUUUUUAACACCAGCACAUUUUAUAGUUAGAAAAAUUAUCAGACCUUUGAGACUCUUUGUUGAUAGAGUUUCGAAUGGAUAUAGCCACUGUCUUGCACAAUUUAGUGUUGGCUUACGAUGGUUGUGGUUUAUGAUCCUGGGAGGAAUUGCCAUUGCGGGAGUUUCAAUAAUAUUUCGAUAUCCCGGUCUACAGUUACCUGACUCGCCUAAUUUUCAAUUGUUCGAUAGCUCGCAUCCUUUCGAGCAAUAUGAAUUGAUUUACGCUAAACGAUUUUGGUUUGAAAAACUUGAAAUGGGUGAUGGAGGAGCAGUUCUUCCAUUGAGAUUUGUUUGGGGUGUAAAACCAAUUGACAAUGGAAAUUAUAAUGAUCCAUCGGAAAGAGGAACAUUUGUGCAUGAUGAAAAUUUUGAUAUAACUGAUCCAAAUUCACAGCAAUGGUUACAACAAUUUUGUCGAAAUCUACGUAAUCAACCAUUUUAUCGAAGUACUUUGGGUCCACUUCUUCCAAAUUGUUUUAUUGACACAUUAAAAAAUUGGAUGGAACGACGUUGUGAAGAUCCGGGUGAUUUAAAUGCAGAUAAAAUGCCCUGUUGUGAACGUAGUAAAUUUCCCUAUAAACCGGAAGUUUUACAAGAAUGCGCUGCAAAGGCGAGUGAUGAAUUGUAUAAAACUCCCUCGCAUUUAUGGACACGAGGUGCUCCCGUAACGGCGGGUUUAAAAUUUCUAAGAGAAGAAAUUGAUCUUUCAAUUGUGUCAAAUAGCUCAAAAAAACUGCCAUUUAUUCCAAAAAUAAGGGCUUUAGUGGUGGAAUAUGACAGUACAUUUGUUUAUAGUCUUUCAUUUGCAGAUAUGAAUAGAUUUUACAAUCAAGUGGAAACAUGGAUGCAAGGACAACUUGUGAGCGCGCCACCAGGUAUGAAGGGUGGUUGGUUUGUGAGUCGUUUGGAAUUUUAUGAAUUACAAAGAGCAUUAUACGAAGGCACAAUAUGGGCAAUGAUUGUUUCAAUGAUUCUGGCAUUCGCAGUUUUGGCAUUUGUGACUUUGAAUUUUCUCGUCAGCCUCUAUGCAAUUAUUGCUAUUGGCGCUGCUAUAGUUGUUACUGUUGCAGCUUUGGUUCUUCUUGGAUGGAGACUUAACGUUUUAGAAAGUGUUGCAGUUUCAACGGCUAUAGGAUUGGCGACAGAUUUUUCUCUACAUUAUGGAGUGAGUUACAGAGCUAGCAGUUUGGAGAAGAGUUUAGAUCGUGCUACAGCAGCAUUGAAACAAAUGGGAGGACCGACUAUAAUGGCAGCGAUAACAAGUGGAGCUGCCGGUGCAUUAAUGUUGCCUUCUCACGUGCUUGCCUACAUUCAAAUAGGCCUCUUUUUAAUAUUAGUUAUGGGAGUUAGCUGGAUUUAUGCGACAUUUUUUUUGUGUCCUAUUCUUGCUAUUGCAGGUCCCUCCCCAACUUUCGCUCAGUUUCAAUAUCCAAGACUGUGGAGAGCAUUGUUCAAUAUUCAUAAAAAUAAAAAUACGGACACAACGGAAGUGGUGAGGGAAGUCAGUACAAAUCGUAGACGAUGGAGAGGAAGAGGUAUGCUCUCUGAAUCGACACUCAGUACAUCGAGUACCGUUUGUCAAAUUCAUUGUGGUGAAUUGGAAAAUCUUGCUGUUCGUCCACCCUCACCAUCCUUGCCUCCAUCUCCAACCGUAAAUCUACUUCAUCUUGAAUCCAGUCAAACAAACUUAAAAAAUAAUCGUCGAAAGCAGAACAAUGACCACGAAUAAUAUAUAUAUAUAUAAUAUAUAAAGUAUUUUCCAUGUGAUGAGAAUUUGAGAGAAACUCGUUGAUGUCCGUUUAGAUUAUUUUCUAUUUGGAAAAAUGAAUGGAUUAUAAUAUUAUAAUGUCUCUCAGACCGUAAAGGUUUACGUUUUCGCUAUGAACUUUUAUGGAUAUCGUUUAAUCGGCCUUUAUUGAUAUUUACUGGGCUUCCUAUAUAUUUUUCAAAUGACUGUGUAACUAUUGUAAGUACUUAAACGACACAAUUCGUCUUCCGACGUCACACAUGAAUUUCAGUAAUUUUUAUUUUAGAUUCUAAUUAUUUAAAGCAUUUGCAAAGACAAUAUUUUGAAAAAUAUAUUGUUUCCUGACGAAGGGAAAUUAAUUUUUCCAAAUAGUAAAACUUUUUUUUGACAAUU